CAACGUUGCGGCGCAUCGAAACUCCUCCCGGUCAUUGCGCGGACAUCAUGUGGCUAACACCAGCCCGACACACACACACACCACACACAGGGGACCCUAUAUAAGCUCUGCAGCUGUCAGGUGGAGGACACUGGCUGCUUUUGCGCUGGGGGACGACUCGCUUCAGGGAAUUACAGCUCUAUAGAUCAUAGAUCCAAACUGUAGCAAUGGCUCACGCUUGGGGAUACGCAUCGAACAACGGACCAGACAAAUGGUGUGAAAACUUCCCUAUUGCCAAUGGACCCCGCCAGUCUCCCAUUGACAUCGUACCUGCUGAAUCAUCAUACGAUGCGGGGCUGAAGCCGCUCAACCUGAAGUACGACCCCUCCACCUGCCUCGAUAUCCUCAACAAUGGACAUUCCUUCCAAGUGUCCUUCGUAGACGACACCGACAGCUCAACUCUGAGAGACGGACCCAUCUCUGGGGUCUACAGGCUCAAGCAGUUUCAUUUCCACUGGGGAGGUUCUGAUGACAAGGGCUCCGAACAUACUGUGGCCGGGACCAAGUAUCCUGCUGAGCUCCAUCUGGUGCACUGGAACACCAAAUACCCAAGUUUUGGUGAGGCUGCCAGCAAGCCUGAUGGGCUUGCUGUAGUUGGAGUUUUCCUGAAGAUUGGUGCUGCAAAUGCCAGUCUCCAGAAGGUUAUUGACGCCUUUGAUUCCAUCAGGACCAAAGGAAAGCAGACCACUUUCUGUAACUUUGACCCUUCCACCUUGCUCCCGAGUAGCCUAGACUACUGGACAUAUGACGGCUCCCUGACCACACCCCCUCUGCUGGAGAGCGUCACCUGGAUUGUCUGCAAAGAGCCAAUCACUGUCAGCUGUGAGCAGAUGGCGAAAUUCCGCAGCCUGCUCUUCUCUGCUGAGGGUGAAUGCGAGUGCUGCAUGGUGGACAACUACCGCCCUCCCCAGCCGCUCAAGGGUCGCCCUGUCCGUGCUUCCUUCAAGUAAUGCCCCCUCCCCCUCCUUUUUUGCCCUUUCUGCCCUGUUGCCCUCUCCCCUCCCCCUCCCUUUAGUCAGAGUUACCUCUCUUGCAGUGAGCCACAAAGCAACAUAUCGCUCUCCAUCCAAUUUUUAGCAGAAAUGAAAUUCCUGUGGCCCAUUGCUUUAAUGCUGGGUAGUCUUUGAGACAAAGCACUUGCAGGAUUUGCAUCUCUUUCUAAGUAGGUAACAAACCAGCAAAAGGCCCUGUCAUAAUUUAUUCUAUGAGACUAACACGAUGGCUGCGACACAUUUACUUAGGACUUAGCACGUGGUGCUAAUGUUUUAGAGACAUUACACUGGUGUGUGUUCUUUGUGUCAACACCACAAGGAUGAAAAAAUGAGUUAAAAUGGAGCUCCCAAGCUAGAAGGAAGCAGAAUCACAAGCUAGUCGCAGCAGGCAGGGGGGGAGGAUGAAACACCAUCACCAUCUGUGAGGAGGGUAAGGUGCAGAUAAAAAGAGGCGCACACAAACACACAAGGCUCACACACUCCUGCUGCCAGUCUGCCUGUAAUCUCUGACUGACUGCCAGCCUCUGCAUCACAGCAGCUUAAUGAAACGCUGCAGCCGCCUCCAUCACAACCGAUUGACUCAGAAAAUCCCCCUCUGGCACACACACACACACACAACGUGGCACGCACAGUCUCAUUCAGACGUGAUGCCUAUAGGCACUGACCUGCUUAUUGAUUUGAAUUGCAACAAAGGACAUGAGGACAGGCUGCUGCUAAUCCAACACACUCAACAUCAUGACAACAGCUUGUUUCUCUGUUUUAAUCUUCAAAUGUGUUUGUCAUCCUGUGUUGUGUUUUUAUUAGUAUUAUGUCUUUUUUUUAGCCUGACCGCUUAUGCAAAUUAAGUCUUAAGUGAUUCCUAAAUUAUGUUUUGUAACCAAAAGCUCACCUGCAUUUUUGAUGCCCUGAUGAUAGUAUAGCAAUAGAGAGGAAUAAUCCUCCAAAAUGAAAUGUAAUGUGUUAAAAAAAAUCCCUUUGUGUUGUGUUGAAACUGAGUGCUAAAGCUUAAAACGCACAGUCGCCUUGUGGGCGAAGCCAUAGUGGCUAAUGCACAAAGCCAAGGAAUAAAUUACCCUGCCAAGGAAGCCAAGGAGGUAAAAGAAACCUGCCAACAGAUCAGAUUAUAGUGUCAGUCUGAUGUCAGGCUCUGUAUAGGAGCAGAAUUAACUUAAGGCCAUUAGAGGUCUUGAGCACCUCUUUUUAUAGCCCUGUAUGCAUUUCUGAAACAGUAACACAAGUGAUGCAUUUCAAGAAAGAUUGUAAUUAACAUAAAUAAUAAAAAAACGCCUUAUGCCAAUCAUUGUUAGGGCUGUCCUGAGUAUGUGCAGUUGUCAUUCUAUUUUGGAAGUGGAUGUUUUAGUAGUUGAAUAAAUAUAUUUUAUGACAAUAA